AAGUAUAACAUUCCCCCCAAAAAACAAAACCAAAAGCUGAAUCGAAUCACCAAAUUGCAAACCAUCUGUUAAUUUCACCGCAAACCAACGUACCACGAAUCUUUUCCCCCAUUUCAAUUUCAAUUUCAACCCGAAUAUCCCUUUAUUGUGGAUGGAAAAUUUGCAUUCCACUACCCAAGAAUCUAAACUUCUUUACUCGUUUUCUGUUCAUCAUCCCUAUAUAUACCCAGAUUGCGUAACCUUUCCAAUGCAGCAGAGUCCUUUUGGGUUUCAUUCUAAAUUGAAUUUGCUAGGGCUCUUUCUACAAUUUCAUUUUUUUAUAUUCAGGAUAUUUAUUGUUUGAUUUUAUUAAUCAAGAUUAAUAAAUUUACUACAAGUUUUCAACACUCCUAAGACGUAAAAUAUGGGCUUCCUGGGAAAUGAUCAUGAUGACGGUUUGCAGCAAUCACAAAUUGUGAUACGCAAUGGAAGAGAAGUUUUGCUUCAGGCUUUCAAUUGGGAGUCACAUAAACACGACUGGUGGAGAAAUUUGGAGAGAAAAGUACCCGAUAUGGCAAAGUCCGGGAUUACAUCAGCUUGGUUGCCACCUGCAACUCAAUCGUUUUCACGCGAAGGCUACCUUCCACAGAACCUCUAUUCUCUUAACUCUUCAUACGGAUCUGAACAUUUGCUUAAAACAUUACUAAAUAAAAUGAAGCAGUAUAAUAUUCGACCGAUGGCUGACAUUGUUAUCAAUCAUCGUGUGGGGACCACCCAAGGACAUGGCGGAAGGUAUAACCGUUAUGAUGGGAUACCGUUGUCAUGGGAUGAACGCGCUGUUACGUCGUGUACAGGUGGACGGGGUAACCGGAGUACUGGAGACAACUUUAACGGGGUUCCUAAUAUCGAUCAUAUGCAAGAUUUUGUUAGAAAAGAUAUUAUCGGUUGGCUAAAAUGGCUAAGAUAUACUGUUGGUUUUCAAGAUUUCCGUUUUGAUUUCGCAAGAGGUUAUUCGGCAAAAUACGUGAAAGAAUAUAUCGAGGGUGCAAAGCCAGUAUUUUGCGUUGGAGAAUAUUGGGACUCGUGCAACUAUAAAGGCACUUACUUGGAUUACAAUCAAGAUAGUCAUCGACAACGUAUUGUUAAUUGGAUUGAUGCCACAGGGCAGCUUUCUACAGCAUUUGACUUCACAACAAAAGGAAUUCUUCAGGAAGCUGUUAAGGGGCAACUUUGGCGUUUGCGUGACGCACAAGGAAAGCCGCCAGGUGUAAUGGGAUGGUGGCCUUCAAGAGCUGUAACGUUUCUUGACAAUCAUGACACCGGUUCCACUCAGGGUCAUUGGCCAUUUCCUUCAGAUCAUGUCAUGGAGGGCUACGCGUAUAUCCUGACGCAUCCAGGGAUACCCUCAAUCUUCUAUGACCAUUUCUAUGAUUGGGGCAGCAGCAUGCACGACCAAAUUGCGAAACUGAUUCAUAUUCGCAAGAAGCAAGACAUAAACAGCAGAUCCCCGAUUAGAAUCAUCGAGGCCCAAUCCAAUCUUUAUGCAGCUAUAAUCGGAGAGAAACUGUGCAUGAAAAUUGGUAGUGGUUCGUGGUGUCCCACAGGGCCCGAGUGGAAACUUGCAGCCCAUGGGCACCAAUAUGCAGUUUGGCAUAAGUAAAUCAACAAGGAUCAGCGUUUCCUACUACAUUGAAUAAAGUAGUCGAUCGGACAUUAUAUUGUUAUUUUGAAUAUUCUUUGCAACGGGAAUUAUAUCGGUCACACAUUGUGGGAACUUCUACAUUGACCUAUGUAUGAUUUUAUCCAAUAUGUUAAACAAUAUUUAUGCCUUGAUCAAUUCAUA